AAAGAGGGGAGGAAGGUUUUCACGGCUCGCUCAGUGUUGCCUAGCAGCCAGGCUCAGGACUCCGGCUACUCCACUCCACUUCACUUCACUCCACUCCACUUUGGCUACUUUUUUACGGGCUUAUCGAGGAAGCGCGCGCGGACAUUUCCCCUCCUCAGUCCUGUCUGUGUGUCAGUCAUUUGUCUCGCAGUCUCUAUGCCAAACAUGGCCCAGAGCGUGACUCUAAAGGGACCCUCUCCCUGGGGCUUUCGGCUGGUGGGAGGACGGGAUUUCAGCACUCCGUUAACCAUCUCCAGGGUAACACCAGGCAGCAAGGCGGCCCAGGGCGACCUGUGUCCAGGCGACACCAUCCUGGCCAUCAACGGUGACAGCACGGAGCACAUGACACACAUGGACGCUCAAAACCGGAUCAAAAACUGCGUUCAGCAGCUCACGCUCAACAUCAUCAGGUCGGGAUCAGGAGACAGAGUGUGGUCGCCAACUCUUAGCGAAGAUGGCAAGACAAGCCCUUACAUGGAGCCUGACUCACAGAAUUUCCGUCCCAUCACCAGUGGACACAGCGGUUACAGCCGCAAAACUUCAUACACACCUGAGCUACAGUCCCCUCAGCCGACUCAGCUGACCCAGCCGACCCCACCGACCCCGCUGACCCCGCUGACCCAGCCCGCUCACAUGAACAACGGACACUCCAAACCGCCGAGCUACAGCCCCACCUCCGUGUACGGAAAUGGAUCCGGGCACAACCAGUACAACAACCCGGCGGGACUGUACGGCGGCGGCAGCGGCAGCAACGGCGACCGACAUCUGCCCAACAAGAUGGGGAACCUCAGCCUUAGCACCACGCACAGCCCAGAGCCUCCCGUGCACUCUCCCACGGGCCGCAACGGUGUCGACACACAGUCGGACGUCUACAAGAUGUUGCAGCACUACGAGGAGCCCGCCUCUCAACCCAAACAGUCCGGCUCCUUCAAAUAUCUCCAGGGAAUCCUGGAGGCCGAGGACGGAGGUGUGUCUCCGACAGAGAGAAUGAGAAGCCUGAGGUCUCCGGUCCGAUCCCCAAUCCCCAAACUGGGAAGCCCCAUUCCCACCGUUCCCAGCCCCAUGCCUGGUCUUCAGAAGCUGCCCCAGUGCACACGCUGCUGUAACGGCAUUGUUGGCACCAUCGUGAAGGCCAGGGACAAGCUCUACCACCCCGACUGCUUCAUGUGCGACGACUGCGGCGUCAACCUCAAGCAGCGCGGCUACUUCUUCAUCGAGGACAGUCUGUACUGCGAGACCCACGCCAUGGCGCGCGUGCAGCCGCCCGAGGGCUACGACGUGGUCGCCGUGUACCCCAACUCCAAGGUGGAGCUCGUCUGAUGUCGUCGCGUAUCUGCUAUGAUAACGUUAAACCCGGGAAACACAAAAAUUACUGAGCGUCGUAGCCUCACGUGUAUCAGGUUCUGUCGGUCUUGGACCGGCGUGUCUGCGACGACAGAGCCGACUCAUGCUAUGUAUAUUCAGCAUUUUCACACCUGAAAACUCCCAAAAACUCCAUUUACAAUCUGACAGUCGUCAUCUCUCAAUCAGCGAUGUAGCAUAUAUAUAUAAAUAACUGUGUUUUACCAGAUUAUCUCGUAUGAUAAACAUGGAAUGAGAUUGAUGCGAAACAAAACAAACACAAAUCCGAAACACUACGCCAGCAGCCGUCUGUUUUCUCACUGACAUUUAAAUCACCAGCAUCAUAUUCAUCAUAACAUUGUAUCACUGUCUGUGUUUGUGCCUUCUGAGUGAUGGUGCAGUGACGUGUCGUUUAGAGUUUUGAUUCAGGUCAUUUCAUUUCUAAACUAUCUUGCAGUUUUUACUCCUGUUGCAGUUUUGACUUUCGCAGAACAUACUACUACUUUUCAGACUUUUAUCACAGAGGAUCACCUCGAGUUAAGUUCACUUUUCAGUUAACCGUCAAUAACUAUAGUUCACUAUGUGCGGCAGUGCGCUUCAGGGUGCAGGUUUUUAACUAUAGCCUAAAAUCUCUUUGUAGAGUGAUGUAAGUGAUGAACACGCCCUGACAGGUAGACAAAGGACAUGUCAUUUUAGGAUUUGUGAGCGUCUAAAUCUACAGAAACGGUUUCCAGCUUGUGAUCACAACAGCCGAUAACUCGGCAAAUCUCCAUUUCAGAGAUUUGACAUUUUCAACAAUGAAGAUAGAAGAAUUCAGGUUACGUACAAAAGAGAACGCAGCUGGGUGUUUUAAUUCAAGAACACCUGACGUUAACACACCAAUAAUCUAAUAAACCAUAGGAACAUGUCAGAAACUCCUAAAGUGGCAAGAGCAGAGAUUCACGACGAUGACGUAUAGACUGGUUUCCUCUUUAUGGAAGAUUGGAAAAAGACGGGGGGGUUUAUCGUAUAGUUUUAACUUUAAUUUAGAAAUGACAUCUACAUUUCCUGAGAGAGCGAGGAAGGGAAGGACAAGGGAGCAGUGAACAGGAGAGGUGACACACAUUCAGAGAAACGUGUCAUUAUCGCUGCAUCGCUCUCAGCAUGUUGUGAAUAGUGGGGGUGAAUCUGGGGUGAAUAAGAGUAAUAAGAAUGUUUUUGGUGUUUAUUUCCAUCAUUUCUCUUUUUCCUUUUCUAAAUGUCAACCGUGUUGUGUAGCCACUGGUAUGCCACCUGUACUAGUCCACUUGUAAAUGAUGUGAAAAAAUUAUAUUGCCACAACGUUGUUGUCUCUCUGGUCUUGUAUAUAUUUGUUCUAUUGUUGAUCGACUUUAAUACGUUAGUAAGUAAGUAACACGACGUCACUCACAUGCCUCUGCAUCGUCUGUGUCUAUGAAUGAAUGAAUGAUUGAAUGAAUGAAUGAAUGAGUGAUUUUCUCUUACACAGCGUCGUCAUCAUCUUCUUAACUUAUUUUUCUACCAACACAUGAUGUUUCUGGAUAUUUUCCUGUGUGCUUUUUUGUUUCUAAACUCUAAAUAAAAUGAGAAGUGCAUCGA